UAAGAGGCUCCUUGCGGGAAGACUGGCCGGAUCGGGGUCCCCGGGGCUGGGCUUUGGCCAAGCGCACCGAAAGAUUCGGAGCUGGGCGAUCCUGCACUCAUUCCCGCCGCCUUCACCACGUCCUCUCUUCCUCCCAAGAAAGGAUGGGACUUCUGUGGUGUGUAAUGAGUCUGUACUUCUAUGGGAUCCUGCAAAGCGAUGCCUCAGAACGCUGCGAUGACUGGGGGCUAGAUACCAUGAGGCAGAUCCAAGUGUAUGAGGAUGAACCGGCUCGUAUCAAGUGCCCACUCUUUGAACACUUCUUGAAAUACAACUACAGCACAGCCCAUUCAGCAGGCCUUACUCUCAUCUGGUAUUGGACAAGGCAGGACCGGGACCUGGAGGAGCCGAUUAACUUCCGCCUCCCUGAGAACCGCAUUAGUAAGGAGAAAGACCUGCUCUGGUUCCGGCCCACGCUUCUCAACGACACGGGAAACUAUACCUGCAUGCUGAGGAAUACUACCUAUUGCAGCAAAGUUGCAUUUCCUCUGGAAGUGGUUCAAAAAGAUAACUGCUUCAAUUCUCCCAUGAAACUUCCAGUGCAUAAGCUAUAUUUAGAAUAUGGUGUUCAGAAGAUCUCUUGUCCAAACAUAGAUGGAUUUUUUCCUUCUAAUAUCAAACCAAACAUCACUUGGUAUAUGGGCUGUCGUAAAAUACAUAACUUUAAUAAUGUACUACCUGAAGGCAUGAACUUGAGCUUUAUCAUAGCCAUGGUUUCUAAUAAUGGAGAUUACACAUGUGUGGUCACAUAUCCAGAAAAUGGACGUACCUUCACUCUCACCAGAACUCAGACUGUAAAGGUGGUAGGCUCCCCAAAUGAUGCAAUGCCUCCCCACAUCUAUUCACCUGAUGAUCAUGUGGUCUACGAGAAAGAACCAGGAGAAGAGCUACUCAUUCCCUGUAAAGUCUAUUUUAGUUACCUGAAGGACUCUCGCAAUGAGAUUUGGUGGACCAUUGAUGGGAAAAAGCCAGAGGACACCACUAUUGACGUAUCUAUUAAUGAAAGUGUAAUUCUGAAAGUAACAGAAGACGAGACAAGAACUCAGCUUUUGAGCAUCAAGAAAGUUACUGCUGAGGAUCUGAAGCGCAACUAUGUCUGUCAUGCCAGAAAUGCCAGAGGGGAGGUUGACAGACCAGCCAAUGUGAAACAGAAAGCUCCAAGGUACACAGUGGAACUGGCGUGUGGUUUUGGAGCCACAGUCCUCCUCGUGGUGAUUCUUAUAGUUAUUUACCAUGUUUACUGGCUGGAGAUGGUCUUAUUUUACCGGGCUCAUUUUGGAACAGAUGAAACCAUUUUAGAUGGAAAGGAAUAUGAUAUUUAUGUAUCCUAUGCAAGGAAUGCUGAAGAAGAAGAAUUUGUAUUACUGACCCUCCGUGGAGUCUUGGAGAAUGAAUUUGGAUACAAGCUGUGCAUCUUUGACCGAGACAGUCUACCUGGGGGAAUUGUCACAGAUGAGACCUUGAGCUUCAUUCAGAAAAGCAGACGCCUCCUGGUUGUCCUAAGCCCCAACUACGUGCUCCAGGGAACCCAAGCCCUCCUGGAGCUCAAGGCUGGCCUAGAAAACAUGGCCUCUCGAGGCAGCAUCAACGUCAUUUUAGUGCAGUACAAAGCUGUGAAGGAAACGAAGGUGAAAGAGUUGAAGAGGGCUAAGACGGUGCUCACGGUCAUUAAAUGGAAAGGGGAGAAAUCCAAGUAUCCACAGGGCAGGUUCUGGAAGCAGCUGCAGGUGGCCAUGCCAGUGAAGAAAAGCCCCAGGUGGUCUAGAAGUGGUGAGCAGGGUCUCACUUAUUCAUCCUUGAAAAAUGUAUGAAAGAGCCAGUGAAUGAUGGAUGAAAAGAUCCAGCAAUACUCCAGGAAGGAAGGAUUCCCCUGCUUUAUUCCCAGUGUGUUGUUCAUGGACAGAAACAAAUUCUAUGGAAGCCUCCCCAUAGAGAUAAAUUCAGGGUUACUGUAGAAGAACUGUUCUGCUUCCUCAGGCAAUACCAAGGCUUAGAAUGACUGUGCCACCACCUGUCUCCAAUGCCUGAGGUCACUCCAUUUUUUGCAAGACCUGGUGAUGCAAAAUUCCCCUUCUGCAUCCUCCAUUCCUGUUCCUACUCCUCUCUAUUCACUCACUCUGGCUCUCUCUCUCUCUCUUUUAUUUUUUUUUUGAAUAAUCUUAAUAUUAUGGGGCAGCCUUUGUUAUUGAUUUAAAGACCCCUUAAAGAUGAGUCGUCUGUUAAUAGGGGAGUUUCAAGUAUAGUUUUAUUUUCUUUUUAUUCAUCCCUUAAAAGAUAAUCAGGGCCUAAAUUUAUCUUCACUAAGGAAAAUAAACUCUUUUGCUCAUCCUUCUAUACUAGACACCCUCACAGCAUGACCGACACCACUUAUGAUGCUUUAAGCAGGGUGACUGUAAAUGUUUCUUAUGAUUGGCUUAAAGGGCUUUCCCACAUUGUCUCCUGUCAUCUCCCCCCACCACCCCAUGCACUCUAUCUCAGGUAGUUGGUUUCAUAUUUGUCAGCUUGAAAACUAUGUAAUAAUAUUUUAUUACAGUAAACUCCCAAUUAUCUGUAGGUUGACCCAUAGCCAUCACUCCAUCUCCCUACCUCCUGCAUUUUGGGUCGGUCAUUCAGAGCAUGCAGGUGGCUCCACACUUGAUUCGUUGGAAAGGAAGCUUCUCUUACUGGUGCUAAUAUUGAGUAAAAGAAGAGCAAAAAGCUUUCAAGGGCAUUUUCUCUCUUAUAAGAAAAGCACAGAACAGGGUGUUUGUCAAUUUGUCUUUUAAUCUUAGCUUUGCUAAUGUGAAUAUUCGGAAAAUAAUUUCUCUUCACUUGUUUCUGUCUCCCCAUUGUAAAGUGUUAAAGUUAGACUUAGGGACCUUGAGAGUGCUUUUAGCAUUAAUACUCUAAAAGUAUUAACUGGACCCUGAGUAGUUUUCAUAUUUUAUUCACUGAUAAGUUAAUAACACUCACUUCAAACAAGUUAGACUGAAAAGUCACUGUCAACUAAACAUGUUUUAGUUUGUAUAAGUAAAACUUUACUGUUCUUAAGACUUGGAAAAGUGAAAACGAAGUUCAGGGUUUACAGAGUGCUGAAUAUCUAUGUUACAUGUAGAUUUUUUAAAAAUAUAUAUGUAUAUAUACACCCAAUAUAUAUAUAUUGCAUAUAUACACAUGAAAUACAUAUACACAUACAUACAUACAUGAAUUGUAUAUAUAUACACACACACACUACACACACAUAUAUGUAUAUAUAUAUCCACAUAUGACUUUAAAUAGUCAUUGGCACAACAUUACAAAUUACUGGAACUCUUAUCCAGUUUUUAAAUUAUGUUUUUUACUGUAAUAUUUUUAUGUCACUGUUUUCUUCACAUUAAUAAUAUUUGUGAAUUUACGCUCACAGAGUAGUUGUUGUUAACUCCUGCCCUCCCUAAAUGAGUAACAAUAACUUAUUACUGCCACAGCUGAUCCGGGUGCAGUGAGUUCUGUUCUGCUCGGAGCUUCCAUGGUCACUGCUAAGCAGUAGCCAGCCCUCUGGCAUUAAUUGACCAUCUACUAUAUUCUAAGCACACAUACUUAGAAAUUACGUUAAUCUUAGUGCGCAACUCUUGGGGAGAUAAAUCUCUAUUUGGACUUUUAAGUAAUAAAGAAAAA